CCAUAGGUCACGCUGCGUGCACGACCCAGGCAGAGCAUGCGAGAGCCUCUCACGCCAGCACGUAUCCCUCCAGCUCAUCCAUCUCAAAGUGCCAUCCCUUCACAGACACAGGCAGGAACACUACAUCUUCAUCCCAGUCGUGGUCGCUCGGCCUGACGCUCGGCCGCUGCCACUGCCGCCACUCGUCGGGCUGAUUCUCCUCCAGCAUGUGACCCUGGCACCGUUUCAUGCUCUCGUCGCUGGCUUCUGCUGGCGCGCCGAUCUGCUGAGCGGUCGGACGGACGCCAAAGCUGAAGGAUGCGACCCAGAGGAGGGCUGUCAGCUCAGAGUCGGGCAAUGAGUAAUCCAUGAGCUCGGUGACUCUCUCCUGCACACACAUACACGGAUGGACAGGAGACAAUCACCAUGACUGCCUGAAUGACUCAUUCAGAUGAGUACCCACCUGUGUGCCCGCGAUGGUCAUCUGGUCGCUGCAGCCGAUGAAGCCCACGUGUGGGUGGCUGUCUGUCCCCCGCAGCUUGAAGGCGUGUGUUUCCGUGCCGGUGUCGCUAAUGGCCGCCCCGGUGACCUCGAUGGGCCCCUCGAUGAUCAUGGCGAAGAGCUCAUUGCUGUCGGCCACUUUGGAGAUGAGCACCAGGGGGGAGUGGCCCCUGACGGCAUCGAAGAAAUCCAACCACCUCCAACCAUCCACAGUUGCCCUGACAUCACGCACACAAAUCAAGACACAUCGGCAGGAUGCUCGGAGCUGUCUGGCCUGCCCUUCUCACUUGUAUAUGCGGUGGACCGGCUCGCCAACACACGGAGGGAUCGGCGGGGCGUCCUCGUCUCCCUCACACCACUGCCGCAUCUUGUGCAGGUGGUCAGUGGUCAGCAGCCCGUCGAUGGGCCCCAAAUAGCGAUCGCUAUCCAAACCGUACCUGCCGCCAGGCACAGACAGAAGGCCAAGGUUGCAUCUUCUCUCUCUCUCGGUGGUGACCUCUCUCCUUACAUGUCGAGCACGGAGCGAUAAUCGGUCUCGUCGAUCUCGCCGCCUUUGGCCUCAUGGACGUCUUGGGCCGAGAUGGCGGUGCCCUUCAUGUGCGCUCGAGCCACGAUGUCGACGAUACGGUGCACAUGCUCCACAUCAAAGCCAGCGGCACGUCCAUCGUGCCUGACACGCCAAAAGGGAGAGGCCAGUGGGUUGACCGCUUUGCGCGGGUGUUCUGGGUGGUGGCUCACUUAAGGAAUAUGUUUGCGAAGGUCGAGUCGUCGCCCAGCGAAGUGGCUACGCCCUUGGUCACCGUCACGGUGGCGCCCGACACGUCAAUCGACACCAACUGACAUCGCAGGGCACGAAAGGCAUACACAUUACAAGGGACACACACAUGAGCAAUGACUCCUUUCCUUUCUCCCCUUUCAUCGUCGGCUUACCGAAUCCUCAUCCGUGUUGCCAGUCUUCAGCAGCGGUCUGAUGGCCUCGAGGCGCUCCAGCUGGGCGUCCCUGGCAUCCUUGGCCCUCCUGAUCAUACUGACCAGCUCGACAGAGAGGGCCUCAGCAUCUGCUUGCGGCUGCUGCUGCCCUCCGUCCCCCUGCUGCUGCUGCUGCUGCUGGUGGCCUUGUGUGAGUGGGGGAAUCUGCACACGGUUCGCGCGCCGCUUGGUAGGGUAGCCGGGGUCCGACAUCAGCAACUCAACCCAGUACCUGAACGAUACCAAACACACCACACCACACCAUGGGAUCCACGGCAGCACAGGCAGCCUGCCGAGUGUCAGUUGGUGUGGCCCACUCACUUGAAUGGCGUAUCGUUUUGCCUGGACGGUGGUAUGACGAUGCUGUCGGUCUGCUCGGCCACAUACAUAUCUAACUUCCCCACCAACCUGACACACAGGAUGGACACGAGCAAAGCACACUACAUCCUGAGCGUGAUGGAUUUUCACUUUGGCUUCUCACCACUUGAAUGCGCGCGGGAACACUUGGAGUAAGAUGCGAUUGUUCUGAUCUCGGAUGAAUGCUUGGUCGAAAGCGCCGCAGAAGAGCAGCGCUAUGACAGACCCCUUGACCCCACACAGGGUGGACCGCCGGGCACGAAAAUACUCUCCGCUGAGGCUGAACUCCAAUACCUCGCGCAUGCACUCCGCCUGGCACAACACAAUGCAAAUCGACACAUGCAACACAGUCACCAUACCCUCUUGAGUCCUCGAGAUCCAUACCGAAGGCUCCGUCAAAUCGCCAGUGCCGCCCAU